UAUAAGUCAUAUGAGAGCCUGAAAGGCAGGGGAGAAUAAGGAAGUGAAGUGGCCGCCGCGGUGCAUAAUACACAGCGAGGAGGAGAAAAGUAUAUUUGCAAAUACAGAGAUGCACCUUCUCCCACUCUUCUCUGUGCUCCUGGGGGCCCUGCUGGCAGAAGCUGCACCUGCUGCGGAUGAGGUCACAUAUUUGCCAGGGCUAAGAAAGCAGCCUUCUUUCCGACAGUUCUCUGGUUACUUGGAUGUUCCUGGAGGGAAACAUCUCCACUACUGGUUUGUAGAGUCUCAGAAGAAUCCUAGUUCAAGUCCUCUGGUUGUGUGGCUGAACGGCGGCCCUGGCUGUAGCUCGCUAGAUGGGCUAUUGACGGAACAUGGCCCCUUUCUGAUCCAACCAGAUGGUGUAUCAUUGGAAUACAACGCAUACUCUUGGAAUAUGAUUGCUAAUGUUCUUUACCUUGAAGCUCCGGCUGGUGUUGGCUUUUCCUAUUCGGAUGACAAAAACUAUCAAACUAAUGAUACAGAGGUUGCAUAUAAUAACUAUCUGGCUUUGAAGAAGUUUUAUCAGCUCUUCCCAGAAUACACUGCAAAUGAGCUUUACAUCACAGGAGAAAGUUAUGGUGGGGUUUAUGUUCCAUCACUUGCUGUGGAGGUUUCCAAAGACGCCAGCAUGAACCUGAAGGGAAUUGCUGUUGGUAAUGGGCUGAGCAGUUAUGAGGCUAACGACAAUUCGCUGAUUUUCUUUGCUUAUUACCAUGGAAUUCUGGGCAGUGACCUUUGGACAAAGCUACAGAAGUUUUGCUGCCAAGCAGGAAACUGUCAGUUCCACAAUAAUCAGGACACAAACUGCUCCCUAUUGGUACAAGAAGCCAUGCAUGAUAUAUACAGUACAGGAUUAAACAUCUACAAUCUGUAUGAGAAGUGUUCUGGUGGAGCGCCAGGCGAGGUCAGGGAUAAAGGAGACCACAUUGUUCUAUAUUACCCUGGAUUAAUUUCACCUAAAAUGCACAUGCCCUUCUACAAGAAGCUGGUUUUACUGGCAGAUCUUCAGAAGCCCAUUAAAAUGGACCCUCCAUGUGUUAACAGUACAGCUUCCAGCACCUACCUGAAUGACCUGUUUGUGAGGAAGGCCCUGCAUAUUUCACCUGAGGUUAACAAAUGGGAGGUUUGCAGCUUUGAUGUAUACAGAAACUAUGGACGCGUUUACGAGACCAUGAAAGACCACUACCUGAAGCUGCUUAGCACUCUGAAAUACCGUAUUUUGGUGUACAAUGGUGACGUAGACAUGGCCUGCAAUUUCCUGGGCGAUCAGUGGUUUGUGGAUUCUCUGCAGCAGAAGCUGCAGGUACAGCGCCGGCCUUGGCUGUAUACUGAUGGAGACCAGCAGCAGAUUGGUGGAUUUGUGAAGGAAUUUUCCAAUUUGACGUUCCUUACAAUUAAGGGAGCUGGUCACAUGGUGCCCACUGACAAGCCAAGCUCUGCCUUCAUCGUAUUCAGCCGCUACAUAAAAAAUGAGCCUUUCUAGGUGUUCUUAUUGCCUCUUAUUCCGCACAAUAUUUAUUGGAGGAUAAGGACUGUUCACGCUCUAGGAUGGCGCUUUAUAUGUGACUGACUGUUUUACAUAAUCUCAAGGUCAAAUCAGUAGCAAAUAUAUUUGUUGUCCCAUGUGUGUCCUCUCUAUGAUUAAUGUUCCAGUAUCAAUAUCUCAUAAUGGGUCUGUUCUCUGGUGUAUAUAGUUUUAAUUCCCCCUCAAGGUUAAUAUAUACUGUGAUCUCAGGGUGCUUGUAGAUGUGGCACUGAAAUUCAAACUUUCAGGUAUAAUUUAUCAAGAUGACAAAAGUUGUUUAUCUGUGAAAUUUGUUUUGGUUUCUUUUUGGUGGGGGGGGGGGGUACAUCUGUAACUUAAGUCGUUUUUUUUUUCUUGGCGUGUACUUCAUGAGAUGAACAAAGAUUAUUCCUAUCAUGUUCUUUAUGAUGGCACAUUGUGUCUUUGCACUUAUUUUUUUCUCUCUAACAUUUAUAUUAGUAGCCUUAAAAUCAUGCUUUACCAAUUUCAAUAAAGAUUUUUUUUUUAUAAA